UCAAUUUAAAGCCGCAAAGGUCCUCUCGUCUCCUUCCACCUUCAGCCAUUUUGAUCAUGUUGGGAGCAGUGGGACGCUGCUGCACCGGGGCUCUGCGGGCUCUCAGGCCUGGGGUCCAGCCCCUGAAGGCCCUUGUCGGAUCACCGUCCGUCCUUUCUCGCAGAGACUAUGUUUCCCCUGCCGCUGCUGCUGCUGCUAGUGUUGCCACUGGACGCAUCGUGGCUGUCAUCGGUGCUGUGGUGGACGUCCAGUUCGAUGAGGGCCUUCCACCUAUCCUCAACGCCCUGGAGGUCGCUGGGCGAGAGUCCAGGCUUGUUCUGGAGGUGGCACAGCAUCUUGGUGAGAACACUGUACGCACCAUUGCUAUGGAUGGUACUGAAGGUCUGAUUCGCGGACAGAAGGUUCUAGACACCGGAGCACCCAUUAGAAUCCCAGUGGGUCCUGAGACCCUCGGUAGGAUUAUGAAUGUCAUUGGCGAACCUAUUGAUGAGAGGGGCCCCAUUUCCACAAAGCAGACUGCACCCAUUCAUGCUGAGGCACCUGAAUUUACUGACAUGAGUGUUGAGCAGGAGAUUCUCGUGACUGGCAUUAAAGUGGUCGAUUUGUUGGCCCCGUAUGCCAAGGGAGGAAAGAUUGGGCUCUUUGGUGGAGCUGGUGUAGGAAAGACUGUGCUGAUCAUGGAGUUGAUCAACAAUGUAGCCAAGGCCCAUGGUGGUUAUUCUGUGUUUGCUGGUGUGGGCGAGCGUACUCGUGAGGGAAAUGAUUUGUACCACGAAAUGAUUGAAUCCGGUGUUAUUAAUCUGAAGGACACCACCUCCAAGGUGGCGCUAGUGUACGGACAGAUGAACGAGCCCCCUGGUGCUCGUGCCAGAGUGGCUCUGACUGGACUGACUGUGGCAGAGUACUUCCGUGACCAGGAGGGUCAGGAUGUGCUGCUCUUCAUUGACAACAUCUUCCGCUUCACACAAGCUGGCUCUGAGGUGUCUGCCCUGCUGGGACGUAUCCCCUCUGCUGUGGGUUACCAGCCCACUCUGGCCACAGACAUGGGUACUAUGCAGGAGAGGAUCACGACCACCAAGAAGGGUUCUAUCACAUCAGUGCAGGCCAUCUAUGUGCCUGCUGAUGAUUUGACUGACCCUGCCCCCGCCACUACCUUUGCUCACUUGGAUGCCACCACUGUGUUGUCUCGCGCCAUCGCCGAGCUUGGCAUCUACCCUGCUGUCGACCCCCUGGACUCCACCUCCCGUAUCAUGGAUCCCAACAUUGUUGGAGCCGAGCACUACGAUGUUGCCCGUGGUGUGCAAAAAAUCCUUCAGGAUUACAAAUCCCUACAGGAUAUCAUUGCCAUCCUGGGUAUGGAUGAGUUGUCUGAAGAGGACAAGCUUACUGUGGCUCGUGCUCGCAAGAUCCAGCGGUUCCUGUCCCAGCCCUUCCAGGUGGCUGAAGUCUUCACAGGCCACAUGGGCAAGCUGGUGCCUCUAAAGGAGACCAUCAAGGGCUUUAAGAGCAUUCUUGGAGGUGAGUAUGACUCCCUGCCCGAGCAGGCCUUCUACAUGGUUGGCCCUAUCGAGGAAGUGGUCCAGAAGGCUGAGAAACUGGCUGAGGAGCACUCCUAAAUCCCUGAGCAAUUGAACUAUUAAGGAACUAAAGAAGAUAAACGAAGAAAUAGGCAGGUCUCCAGCUGUUCGGAGCACUUGAUUUGUAAAACAUGUCCAAAUACAAAUGCCUUGUCAUCUUGGGAGUUAUAUUCAAUGUCAGUCACCAUUUGCAACAAAAAAAGAGAAUAAAGAGUCUUUACACUUGUCAA